AAAGUGCAUGUCGAGGUUAUGAUGCACGUUCAAACCUGACACUCUGCAGCUGGAAUGCUGAUUUGCAUAUUAGAGGAGACUCACUCAGGCAUCGGCAAUGGAGUUCCGUUUGGAAAUGCGGCUGCCAGGCGAGAUUCUCCGUGAUGUCAGCUCUAGAAGCAUCCUCCAUGCGGCUCCCCCGUUCCCCAACGUUGCAUCGCACGGCUCUGGUUUCAUCUCUCACGGUGAUCUGCAUCUUCGACAAAUGGGAAUGAAUCCCCCUGGUGUCAUUCUUCAAGCAACUUCUACUCUGUGCCAUGAUCGACCUAGUCCUGUCAUCGUUCCUGUGACUUCUGGAAUCAGAGGCCUCUCUCAUGCCUCCACAAUGACAUCCCCAAGCUUUGGUUUUGGAAACCCAGGUGAAAUGGGCAGAGAGGUGAACCAACAAGGUGCAGGAGAUGAAGUUGAAGACAUUGAUCUGAGCACCUAUCCCUACAAGACAGGGUGCAGCAGGACCUGUGUCUUGGUGCCAUUCAAGAAAUCUCACUCCCCCAAUCUCAUGAGGUGGUUGGAGGAAGUCAACAGGAAGAGGAGGAAGACAGAGAAGGAUGUCCAGUUCCAAAAGGAGUCUGAACCACAGGACAGCCCUAUACAUGCCUUGGCCAAAAUGGAGGUCUAUCCAAACACAUCUGUGUUAGUUGGAGAUCCUCCACAGCACACUCAUGGCCAUGAUCAGAAGCAUGAAAGCCAGCCAGUUCCCCUUCACAUGCCUUCUCCUCACAGUGACUUGAGGCAUACCGGUGCUGAAGGAAUGCCAUGGCCACUACAUGUGCCAGCUCUCCCUUCCUUCCCUCAUGCCAAUCCAUACUUAUAUUCACAGAUGGCCCCCCCAUUGUUUGGUGGCUUACCAGCUUGCAUGCCAAUGAAUGGAUGUAGCCACUCCUGGCUUCCAUCCGUAUCCAUGCCCCCUCUUGGAUAUCGCUAUGCACGAAAUCCUCUGUCUGGGUCCUAUAGCCUUGUUCCAGAUUCAUUAGAUGAGAGUCUGUUGUGGAGAAGCAACUGCUAUGGGAACUCCUGGCUUCCACACCAGCCUCCACAUCAUCACAUGUCCCCUCCAAUAGCCCACAUGCCCUCCAUAGAGGUUGGGCCAAGAGCAUUUCCCCUUCAGGGACCGGUGACACAUCCUCUGGCUCCCCGAGAGGCUCAGGAGGCCCCUCCAACUUGCCCUAGUCAUAACAACUUGGAAGUGAAAGUGGAGGAGGCAAUUGAGGCAGACAGCCCGUGGCAGGAUAUGACCCUCCAGACUGAUAUUUCCCAACACUGUGAUCCUAAGCCUAUGGCAGUCGUUGCCACAAAGGUAGAACACGAAGAUGUUGAUGUGCUGCAGGAAUCCAAAGAUUCUUACUGUUGUGAUGAACUCAAACCAACUCAGUUUGAGAGAGUGGACACUCCAGAGCCAGAUAAAGUGAAGGUGCUUGAAAAAGAAACAUCUCAGAACCAGUGUGAGAUAUUGAUCAAGGAAGAACCAGAUGAAGUGCAAGUGACUGAAAAGGAAGUACUUCAAGUGACUCGGAGUGAGCAUCUUGCAGGGGAAGCUGAGAAGAUAGAUUUCAGUGGCCUGGAACUCUUGUCGAGCAGCAUCGAUCGGCAUCUUACUUUAGAGUCUGAGCAGUCUGGUUCCAGGGACAGUGUGUCAGUGAAAAUGGAGCCACAGGACUUAAAUGAUGAACAGGAGGUGAUACAGGGCACGAGCCCGAUCUGUGAGGAAUCCUCUCAGAGGAUGAAAGGUCUGGGACUUCUUUGUGCUCUAGCUGAACAGUGUCUCAAUGAAGAAUCCAAUCAAAGUGAUGAUCCACAAACUGAAGAAGAGAGAGAAGAUGCAAAUGGCAAACAGCACUCCUUUGCUGAAGGAAGUAAUCUCACAGAUUCAAGCAUUUUGGCCUUACAUGGCUCCUACAGGAGUGCCAAGUCUGAGAAAGACAUCCAAACGUUCAUUGCUAAUCGUGUGGCUCAGUAUCAUAAUUCCCCAUAUCUUGAGAUCAUGCAGAGCCUCAAAAGCCCAGAACAGAUGGACUCGAUGGAAAUGGACAUGCGGGAGCGUCUCAUGGAGCUUCAGAAGCAGUACAGAGAAAAGCAGCGAGAGCUAUCUCGUCUCACUCCAAAGAAAGAGGUGCCUCAUGCAAUGAAGAAGACUGGGAAAGUCAAGAAGGCACCCAGGCGGAAAAGGAGUGGUGGAUCUGAUAAGAGAGGCAAGAGGCGGUGGAACUCUGGGCCACCGGCCGAGACGACCGAGGAGGAGCCGAUUGUCGUGUCCAGUACGCAACUAUGCAAGAACAAGGAGAAGAUGUUAAACCCCCUGGCAAAUCUCAGGAGCUCACAGCAUAUUCUCAGGCCUCCGACAUUCACGACUGGGAAGUUGCUGGAGCAAGCAAAGCUCAGUCUCAGCCAACUGAGUGCAUGGGGUUAUGGCGCUAACACUAAGCAGGCCAAGCAGAAAGACAAUCCUUUGAAAAAGUGCACAAAACCCAGCCAUCCCCUUCCAUCUGGGAAGAAUGAAAAUCUCAACGUGGAAUCUGCAGAGUUAAUCAGCCUUUCUGUUUCAGAAGCAAAGAAUGAGAUGCAGUGUGACAAGUUAGGAAACCAAGUUCAAACUAAAGAUGAAACCUUGGAAUGCAGCUCGAACGGAGUGCUGAAAUCCGAAGAGGACGAGGAAGUGGGAUCAGAUGUGGAUCACCCGUCUACCAAGAGACGCAAACUAGAGCAUCCGAAGCGUAAUACCCACCAGGAUACAUCUACUGAGACUUUGGUCCCUCUCAAGAUCCAGCCAAGACAAUUGGCAUUUGAAGCGAGUGACCGACGGCUCAAGGUGCGCCCAACCCUCAAGGCUGAACCUCAGGUCAAGACUGUGGAGACAAUCAUUCAACAAGAUACAGUGUCUUCCUCUGAUGAGAGUCAGGAUUCAGAAGAUGAGGAGCAUGAUGAAAAACCCAAGACCCCUGUUCCUCCUGCUCAGGAGACCCAUGAAGAAGUGAAACCCUCCCCCAGGAAGCCCCUGACUCAAGCGGAACAAGAGUCCCAGAAGUGUGUUCUGGGAGAGGAGGAGCUGAUGGAUGGCCAGAGAGUCCUGAUUCUCCACGAGGGCCGUUUCCAUCCGGGCCGUCUUAGUGCCAUUCAGCCUCCCGAUGUCUAUGGUGUGACCAUUGAUGGGGAGCGGGGCAAUCGGCCCCACAUCUACUCUCGUGAAGAGAUUCUUCAAAAGGCCAUCCGAGAAGAGAAGCCAAGUUCUGCUGAGGUGUUGGUUGCUGGUGUUAGAAUUUGUGCAUACUGGAGCCAGCAGUAUCGCUGCCUGUAUCCAGGGAUGGUGUCUGAUGAGAUGUCUUCCCCAGGAGGAUCCAUCAUGGUUGAAUUUGAUGAUGGUGACAGUGGCCGCAUUCCAAUUCAUCACGUGCGGUAUCUUCCUCCCGACUACCCUAUUGAGAAGGGAGAAGAGAAACGAAAGAAAGGGAAGAAAAAGGUUAAGAAGAAAGAGAGAGAGAAGAGGAAGAAAAAGAGGAGGAGUAGCUCAGACCACCACAAGCAUCAUGGUCACCACCACAAGAAACACAAGAAGAAACACCGUGAAGAGGCCACCUACUGGUACACCAUCUCCAAUAGCCCACCAAGAGAGCCUGAAGAGACUAAAGAAAGGGAGGAGGAGAAGGAAGAAGAGAUGCAAGAAAAGGAGAAUGAAGAUACAAAUGUGGUACAGGAAAGCAGGCAUAAGGAUUCAACCAGCAGUGGAUUCACAUCAACUGAGGAACAGGAACGUGAAGGAUCAAGCCCUGAGGAUGAGUCAUCUGCAGAGCAGGAAGAGCCUUCAAAGCGUGAGAGGCACGUGUCUGAGACCAGGAGCAAGAUGGCAGCCUUUCUUCCAGAUAGGCAGUUAUGGAGUUGGGCUUCCAAGGGAUACAAGCGACAGGCCAAGGGCCGCACCAAGAAAGAAUUUCACAAAGCCAUCCAACGCGGAGAGGAGAUAAUUCGGGUCGGGGACUGUGCCGUGUUCCUGUCGACGGGGCGGCCCGACCGUCCCUACAUCGGCCAGAUCGAGAUGAUGUGGGAAGCGUGGGGUGGGAACAUGCUGGUGAAGGUCAAGUGGUUCUACCAUCCUGAGGAGGCCAAGGGAGGCAAGAAACUUUGCCCCACCAAGGGAGCAUUGUUCCAGUCUCCACACAUGGAUGAGAAUGACGUCCAGACCAUCUCUCACAAGUGUGAGGUUCUUCCAUAUUCAGAGUUUUUGAAAAUCAAGACCAGCGAGAGUGAGCGCAUAGCCCGCUUCGGGCCACAUCUUGACAGCAGCGACAUUUACUUCCUUGCCGGAGAUUAUGACCCCAUUUCUGGUAUUUUGACCCUAGAAUCGGGCAUCACUUAAGGUCAUCAUCUCGUUGACAUCAAUGCUGCAACUACAGUACAACCUUUGCCAUUUUUUUUUUCUAGAUUGUUUUGAUGUGUGCACAGGACAGUAUUCUGUUGGCACAGCUGUAGGAAAAGCAGCAUCCUUAGUGAAGCCUAGAAACAACCUGUUGCACACUAUAUUUUUGACUUUCAGAGUUUUGGAGGAAGGAUUGGAUCUCAGGUCAGGUGACAUAAAUGGGGUGGUUGGGAAUGCAGCAAAACCCUGUUAGACCAAAUGCAGUGAAAUGACUGCAAAAAGCUUUACCCAAAAUCACCCAUAUGACCAAUGUCCUAUGGGUGAUUUUCCUACAAUUUCAAUAGAAAAAGAGAAGAAAGACAUUUCAUGGUAUGGUGCCCCUCUAUUCCAUGCUCACAGCAAAAUAUUCCUAGAGUAAUUUUCAAAGUCUGGCUCAAAACACUCUGGUUUCCUGAUGUGGGACACCAUUAUGGAAGCAGUAAGAGCACAGGCUAGUAAAUAAAGUUUAUUUACUCUUUGGCAUUCCUCCAGCCCUUCUGUACUAGGAAGUACAACAGGGCAACAGUCCAUCUUAUACUUAACAUGCCUCGCACCCCUCAUGCUAAUGCGUACUUGCACAUGCAUUCACGCUCUUGUCUGACAUCCUGCUGAUGUACUCCAUAAUCUCUUCCUUUGAUGCCUGCUUAGCCAAGAACCAGGUCUCCCUUGUUCCUAUUUAUAUGCACUCUUCCCUGCAUAGUAAACCACUGAUAUCUUUAGCCCUGGAAGGCUGGAGGAAAUGCAGCAUAUCAAGCUUCUGGAUGAGAAGCAUUGGUGGGACUUAAUAUCAUGACACAAAGAUGGGUCAUCAAUAAAGCCCAAGAACCUGGAAAAAGUAGAAAAGAAGUCCAUAUUGGGAAAUGGAAAAUCUGACAAAACAAGCUCCUGUUCUGCCAGAUUUUCUAUCCAUGGUCUCCUGAUAGUAUAGAAGGGAUUUGCUGUAUUCAUGUUCAACCCCCUUUCAAACUCUGGAAUAUGACUUGAACUAUUGCAUUUGAGCUUCUUGAAAUGCUUCCCAUUCUAGGAAGGAAACUUGGAAUGAGUUUCAUAGUUACAGUGUUUUUGGUUUGGCUUCUGCCUGUAAAUGUUUGGACAGAUUCCACAAUCCUCAAUCACCCUAUUGAAGUGCAUUAAUUGAUGUUCCUUAUACACUCAAGCCAUGUCACACUCUGCACUCCUGAUAUUACUCUAGCCUCGUUGUGGAUACUCCUUAUCAUUUUGGACUCUCGAGUAGUUCUGACAAGUGUUACAGAUGGAGGGUAGAGGGUGAAGUCAAUCUGAAAUCACUGUGUGGAGUUUUUUCUGUUCUUCCCAUGAUAGCAGCAAAGUGGGACACAGUACUGUACCAGAAGCCUUGGUCAUUUUUGUACCCUGAGCAUAAGUAUCUGUUUGAAGAAUAUGUACAUGUACUUGUACAGGUGCAAAGGUGUUGUACAGGACUUUUUAAAUCCUUCUCUGCCUAGAGUACAGGUUGUGCUUAUCUCCCUCUUGAGUACCUGCAAGCCUGUCCUUCAUGCACCUUCAAAGUUCCCUGUAAAUACGUUUUGGUGACGGGAGACAUUUGAAAUGACGAGAGCCCCAGCUGCUGAACAUAUUUUUCUAGUUCAUUUUCUGUCCUGUGUGAAAGGUGCUGAGUCCUUUUUCUUGUGGAUUGUACUGGACAGGGUGUGAUGAGAAAUCUUACAGCUGAGAAGACUCUUCUGCAAUUGGCUGAAUAUUUUUCUCUGGAAGGGGUUAAGACAAAGUUGGGAAGAGGGAAAUGUUAUUUUUUUUAUUCCUCCCUCUGUCUUUAUUUUGGUAGAGCCCCCUUAAAAAAAAAAGAAGUCAUAGGUCAGAAAAGACUCCUGAUGAGACUUAUUUUCUUCCUUGCGUCUUCUCUGUCCCAGUGGAAGCUGUACAGAGAGCGUAUUGAUGUUAUUCCUCCAAGUGAUAUCUUAGUGUGAUAUUCGAUCCUUGUUUGAUUGAACCAAGAAAUUCUUGGAUUUUCAAAUAAAAAUGAAAACUAAUUGGA